CUCCGACUCGGACCGCGCAUUACUGGGGAGGGGGGGAUGCGCAGGAGAGGCAAAUCUCAAAUCUCCUCGUCCCUGUUCGGGCGCUGUCGGAGAGUGUCGUGUUCGCAAGACAUAAAAGAGUUUUCGACCUGCGACGAUCGCCAUCGUCGUAUCAUCGCCGAAUGUCAACAUCGCCUCUCCAACUCCCCAACUCCGACUCCCGACUCCACUGUCACGUCGCGUCCAAUCUGAACUAAACCCAUCAUCCCAUCCAUCAUCAUCAUCAUCAUCAUCAAGAACCUCGAACCUCCAGAUCGAUCACUUCCCUCCGAUCGAUCCGUCCACGACCCGAUUCGAAUGGCGGCCUUCCUGUACCACGUCUUCUCCUCCUCCUCCCUCCUCUCCCUCGGCCUCUACCACUCCAUCUCCGCCACCCGGAGCCACCUGAAAUCCCCCUCCACCUACGCCGCCCGGCCUCACCACCCGCUCCCGCCGUCCGCCCACCCCCGCCUCCGCCCCCUCCAGCUCUACCUGGCCUCCCUCUGCCUCCUCGUCGCCUUCUGCCACCAGGCCCUCUCCGCCUCCGACGCCGACCCCCUCCUCAAGGGCUCCACCCCCGUCCACCGCUUCUCCUCCCUCCAGUCUGCCGCCGUCCUCCUCCUCUUCCUCCUCCUCUCCCUCUCCCUCCUCCUCUCCGACCUCCUCCCCCUCCCUCCUCCCCUCCCCCACGACCUCUCCUUCGCCCUCGCCUCUGCCGCCUUCUUCCUCCAGUCCUCCUCCUCCUCCGCCGCCGCCUCCGUCCAGAACUCCGACCUCCAGGCCAAGUGCGACUCCGUCUCCGCCCUCGUCUCCGCCCUCUCCUCCCUCCUCUGCCUCGCCCUCGCCUGCUCCCCGCGCCUCUUCGUCGCCGACGUCGCCCUCGGGGCCUCCUUCUGCCUCCAGGGCCUCUGGUCCCUGCAGACGGGGCUCUCCCUCUACGUCGACGCCUUCAUCCCCGAAGGGUGUCACAAGCUGCUCGAUGUGGUCAAUGGGGUGGAGGGAUCUACCAAGUGCGAUUUGGAGGAGUCGAGGUUGAGGGCCGUCGCCAUUCUUGAUCUGGUGUUUGUGGUCCACGUCAUGUUCGUGGUGGUCAUCGUGUUGGUCGUUUACGCUGCCGUGGCUAAGAGCGUAGGCGUGAGGAGGAUGGGGUCUUACGAAGCGUUGCCUACGACUGGGGAUCGAGAUGCGAAUAACCAUAUUCAGAUGAAGGCUUUGUCCGGCACGCAGGCUUGACUCGAUCUCCUUUUUUUCUCUUUUUACUCUUAGCAUUGUUGGGUAUGAGUGACGAGCUGAAAUGGAAUUCGACGAAUCCUUUUCUUUCGCUUGAGAUUUUGGAAAAACACUGUAACCCUCUUAGAGUUAGAGGAGGGUUUCUCUUGUACACAAACUUGGCUUUUUAUCUCGAGCCGUAGCUAUGGUACUGGCAGUUGAUUUUUGGUCUCUGUUACUGUCUGUCAUCACUACGGUGCUUUGUGACCGAUCCACUUGGCGAUCAUGGUGGAAAUUAUCUGCUCGUUCUAAGAUUUGUUGUAAA